AAAAUACAAAUAUUUAUUUAAAUAAGUGUUUUAAAUAUUUUCAGUAAGAUAUCGAUAAUAUUAAUAUAUUUCUGUGUUUCUUUUGAUUGAGUGAAAAGUUAUAUAUAAUUUUCGAUAAAUAUUCUAUAAAUUAUAUUAUAUUCAAUAUAUUUUUAUCUAUAAAUUUAUAUUUAUAUAUUUGUCAUAUAAAUUGCAUAAUUUUGCGAUGAAAAUGAGUGACGAGGAAGAUUGGGAUGUAGAACAACAUAAGACAGAACAUGAAUGUGAUGAACAUUGGGAACUUAAACGCAAAUUUCUUUUAGCACAUAAAAAUAAAUUUCCAGAAGACGAACUUGUUUGUUUAGCUCAAGUAUUUACGAACGUCGAAUUACUUGGCUGCAGAUAUCCUAAAGAGACAAUGCAGUUAGUUGCAGAAUUAGCUCAAGAUAUUGUUAGUGAAUACAGAGAAAAACAAAAGACUAAGUUACAAAGAACAUUUGUAAAAGCUUCCGAUGCUGCUAGUUCAAAGGUUAAAGGAAGUAUUGCCCCAACAUCAAAUAAUAUAGUUGAAUCAUCAAUGCAAUCACAAUCUAUAAAAUCAUUUUAUGACACAUCUCACAAAGUACUUGCAAAACGAAGAAAAUUAGAAAAAUCAAUAUUACCAUUUGGUAAUAUUGUUAUAAUAGAAAGACCUGGAGAUAUACCACAAAAUAUACUUGUUCAUGCAAUUAAUGCAUCAGGAGGAAAUUUAGAAUGGAAAUUUGAUAAAAUUGGAGAUUCUUGUAAAUGCAAUAUUUUUGUUAAUUCGAAGUUAUUAGCAGAAGCUUGUAGUUCUAAUCAAAAAUUAGCAAAGAAAGAAGCAUCUGUUAUCGGAUUACAUGAACUACAAAAAUAUUAUUAUACAAUUAAGAUUAAGCAUAAUAUAAAUAGGAAUGCCAAUGUAAUUGCAACAACAAUGAUAAAAAAUAUAUCAAAAGAUAAUUAUAUUUCUGAUGACAAUAUUGGAAGAAAGUUAAUGAGAUUAAUGGGUUGGAGUGGUGGUGGUCUUGGUAAAUCACAACAAGGAAUAAUAGAACCCAUCAUGAUUAAGCAUCAAAUUAGUAAAGAAGGUUUAGGAUUAAAGUCAAAUUUUUGCUCUACGAAUGACUUAAAAUUUAAAUGUAAUGACAUUAUGAGGAAGUAUCUCACAGGUGAUAUGAGAAAUGAUUUAAUAUUUUCUACUGAUUUUACAAAUGAUGAAAGAGCAAUAAUCCAUCAGGUGGCAAGACAACUGGGUUUAAAAUCACAUAGUUAUGGUCCUAAAAAUCAGCGAACAUUAGUAGUUUCUCGAAAAAUAGAUGUUCAAGAUUUAGUUGAAGAAUUAAAAAGUCUUGGAGGAGUUACUAAUAAAUACGAAUUAAUCGAACCAACUGAACAGUAAAAAGAAUAAUACAAUUAUUUUUGUAUGCAUAAAAAUUGUAAAUUUUUUGCCAAGAUAUAAUAGCAAUUGCAAUGUGCACAAAUUUUAUGAAAAUUAAAUUAAGAUAUAUAAUAUAAAUAAUAAUUUAAAAUAUACAUUA